AUGGAGUCCACCUCGUCGCUGUCGGAUGCGCCUGCAUCACCAGGAGGCCGCGGCGGCCAGUUCCAGAAGACGCUCGUGGGGGACUUGGCGGCGAUUCAGCGCGAAUACGCCUCUCUCUGUCGCAUUCGCGAGCUCCCCGAAGGCCCGCCGGGAGGCCUUGCGCGCCGCGCACGCGGGAACGUCGGCGACCUCGUCGAGGCGGCCGGCAGCAUCUGCUUCUCGCUGCAGUUCGAACAGGAAACCGCGCCGAUUCUCUACGUCCACGCAGACUCGCGGGGCUUCACGAUUCUGAACGGGGAGGCCCUCGUGUCUACUCCGCCGCCUGCGGAUGAGCCCAAGUUGGAUCUCGCCUCGCUCGCCUCACCUUUUGAGAGUUUCGAACAGUUGCUGGCGGGCCUUCGGCCUCACGCCUUUGAGCGGUUUCAGACGAGCCUGAUCAGCGCGCAGCUCGAGGCUGAGUUGAGUAAACAGACCAACAGCCUCUGA